AUGACCGCUACUCCUUCUUCUGCCAAUACAGCUGGUUCGACAUCAUCACUGCGUCCUGGACAAGCUUCGACCGCAUCUCCUUCCACCGGCCCUACAUCCGCGUUAUCUUUCACGUCACGCAGCGCCGCCUCACCAUCUCGUACUCAUUCAAGGGAAUAUAGUUCAGAACUGUACGAUCAGAACGAACGCCGUGACCUCUAUUCAGCUCGCCAUGCAUCAUCUGUUGUCCAUGCUUCUCCCUCGAAACAGAUCAAGCUUAGCAGCAACGACAGCAGCAACAACAAAUCCUCGAGCACUUCAACAUCUGCAUCCACACCCUCUCGUCGCAAAUCCAACAUGAACAACGACAAGGCCGAAAAGCGAAGAAGCAGUCGAGCCUGUCUUGAAUGCCGGCUCGCAAAGACAAAGUGCAAUGUCACCGAUAGCCAAGAUGUGUGCGACCGCUGCGCCAAGUUCUCGUUUGAAUGUAGGUUCGUCCGACACCAUCGCGGAAGAAAGCCAGUCUCCAAGCUGGCCUCCAUCGAUACGGACGACCUAGAUCUGGGAGUGGCGACAUCCCGAUUUGGCACAUCAGACGAUGACAUGGCAACAGAUCAUGACAGCGAUUCGGCCAACGAUGACAGUGUACACAAGCUCCACUCUGGUGCGCUCAAGCAGGACGACGAACAGGCUCCGGAUGGCUUAGAUGUUAACCGCACAGCAUCCCGCGAUCUUGAUGCCAGUGGCAGCGGCGGUGCUGCUGCGGCUGGCUCCGAGUCAGGUCAGAGAAAAGCCAGAGAUUCCGUCGCCGUCAGGUCGAGCGGAAGCCGUUCGAAUAGCAAAGCGAGACUGCACAGGUCUGUCAAUACUCUGCACGAGCUCGACACCAACGCCCGCCGUAGAAUCUGGGAGAUGCUCGCUCAAAAGAUUCCCCAACGCGGCUCGACGUACACCUUUGUCAGCAAGGGCGAGGUGGCGCACGACAACCUUCAAGCCUCCCCGUCCAAAUCAAGUGGCACCAAGGCCAGCUCCUCUGGAAGCAAGCAAGUAUCGUCGUCGAGCGGAGCUGCUCUUGCGUCAAACAAAGAGGAAGGCGCGGAUAAGAAGUGCGAAAUCGAAGCCGUAGAUCAGAUCGGGCACGCUGAAAAUGCUGCAACAACUUCGUCUCAGACAGCCUCUAGCACUUCUGCGCCAUCUCAGCACUUUGCAUCAACAUUUCGCAACCUUCUUCGCCCUGUCGACAAGCGAGCGGGAGCCACAACGGCCGCCGAAGAGGCAGCCUCCGCCGUUUCGGCCCGCUAUCCGAGACUGCCAGAAACGCUCAACUUUUUUGGCCUUAGGGAUCCUGUCGACGUCGGCAUUCUUUCCAUGGCAGCUGCUCAUAGGCUCUACGCAUACUACUUUGAACAUCUGAAUCCUUGGGGGAUGAACUUUGAUCCGUACUUUGUCUCGCACGAUGCAGUUCGCACCUCGUCGUCCUUCCUCUACUCGACAAUUCUUUACCUUGCUUCUAGGUAUAUAGAGCUCGCUGAGGCCGACAACGCCCACACAGAAGCUUCUUCCUUCUACGGUCCAACCUUUGUAAGACCGCGUUCUGACGACGAUAGGGUAACGGCCGCCAUGUCAGCUCAGCUCGGCAGCCAUGUACGUAGUUUGGCCAUCACCGCAUUUGCGAUGGGCGAUCGAAGGAUGGAAACCGGCGUCGCCAUGUAUUUGUCGUCGGUAUGGAAGGAGGCCGACGAUCAUUUCACCAUCUUGUACUGCAGCUACGCAGCCAAGAUCAUGAGCGACAUUCCCACAGAACUUCUCUCGCUUCUGCCUUCGUCGAGCACAAGUAUCGCAUCAUACUCCAAGAACGGCACAAAAAAUGUCAAUGGUACCACGGCAGCUGCCGACGUGCAUGAGCAGAGAUUAAGGCGCAACCAGCAACGCCAAUUUCUGUUCCACUUUAUUCAAGAACACACGCACUUGCUCCACUUUGCACCGCGACCCAACUUUGACCGCGGUCCGAGCCUGCUGCGCAACCUGCUGGCGUGGGCGGAUGAUGAGCUGGCCACGCAGGACGAUAUACUGCUGUGUGCCGACAUUGAUUCCGUGUUGCUGCAGACAAAGUACAAGUCGAUCAUGGAACGAGCGCAAGCGCAGGAGAAGGAUACGUUGUAUGGCGGCAGCGAGUGUUUUUUGCUGCUGCAAAGCUUUAUGGACGAAUUGGAAGGCUGGACAAGUAGGUGGGAGCUGCAGGCGAGGAAGAUCGAGCAGCGCUUCAGACGUGUUUCGGAUCAGCUGGAGAGAGAAGGAGGGCAGACUGCACGUAAUGGUGAACAGGAUGCAAGGGAGCAGUCGACGAAUCAGGAGGACAAAUGGGACGAGAAAAGCAAGGGCGAUCUUACUGGUCAUCUGCCUCUGGACGCACGCAUGCAUCUACUCAGCGUGAUGCGUAGCAGUCUGGUGAUGCAAAUCUCAAGCAUCGCUUUCCGUGCCUCGUUACGUGAUAUCAACAAGGCUAAACCAACCGCAGUUUCGAGCCAAUCGAGCGGAGGUGGCGCUUCGGCCGCCUUUUCAUCCUCGGCCUUGUCUGCGAUGGACGAUCGUGCUGAGCAGAUCUACUACACCUGUCUCGACUCGGCUCUCAACUUGCUCGUACAUACGAUGCAAAUGCCGUCUUCUAUCCUGCGACACGCUCAGGACAUGAUCAUGGUCCUCGCGCCUCACGCCGCGCUACUUGCCACGUACCUCGUUUCUCUGCCAUUGCCAUCGGUACCUGCCAACUUCGCCUCGAGCGCAGCUGCUGCCUCAGAACGGUUGAGUUACGAAUACGCCAAAGUCAAGACGAGGAUUCGAAGGAGGAAGGAGUAUGAGCGAAAGUGUUUGGAGCUCAUGCGCGAUACGAGAGAGUCGUUCAGAUUGGCUCAAGUGCGUGCAGAUGAUCAUGUCGGGUUGUGCGCGCAGUACUUUGACUCGCUGCUCAAUGUCAUUGAAGGCGACGCACAGGAGGCGACAGCUGCAACGAGACCGGGGAGAUCGUUAUUGAGCAACUCGAGCGUUUUGGCGGGCACUAAGAGGUCGAGAAGUUUGCUAGAUACGCAUUCGUCGGUGACGGGUGAGGAAGAGGGUGCGCACAUAGCUCACAGAGGUGUAGUGCAGACCGCGGCGUCCGAGACUGCAUUACAACGUGCGAGUUCUGCUGGUCCAAUGCCGUCGUCACCGUCACACGCGAUGCAGCAACAGCCACAGCCACAGCCAUCGUCGUCAAGUCAAACCGAGAAUCAAGCAACACGUACUCACGCACCUCCUCACCCUCGUCACCACCACGCCAGGACGUCGAACAUGGACGCCUCGGCAGCCGAGACGCUACUCAAUCUGCACGGUACCGCGGAUGGAGUCGGAGAAGGAGAAGCUGCUGGAACCACAGGUGAAACUUCCACUUCGCCCGUUGCUGGUGGCAAGAUGUUCAACAGUGGAGGGUACUACGGUGCAUCGUCAGCCUCGCAUCCUUUUUCUCGCGUAGCAGGACCGUCCGGAUCGACGCCGCCUUGCUCCACAGCAGGAGCAACCGGGUUUUCGCCUGGGGCGAGCUUCAUCAGCACGGGUAUGUUUGGCCAUUUUGCCGCUACGUCCGGUGGAUCGAUACCGAACUCUCCAAAGCACUUUCAGGCUCAUAACGCUUCUCAUCAGCAGCAGUAUGCGCAUGCUCACCAUGCUAACAGUGUGGCGGGUGUGGGUGCGGGUGCGGGUGCGGGCAUGCCUACGUAUCCAGCGCAUCCAACAAUGUCGGCUGGAGGAGGCGACUUUGGAUUUGCACAGGGUCACGGUCAGACAAGUACUGUGCUGCCUUCUCCAGCGCCAGGAACAUGUAAGCCAACAGGCACGACGGGUACGGGCUCUUCAACUCCAGUGGAUUGGACCUGGUUGCAGAGCUUUCUGGAGGUUCCCGAAUUCAGUUGGAUGUAG